CGCUCUCUGUCGGCCGUCUGGCAAUACCGUAGAUACACCCCUCCAUGCAUGAUGAAACCUCUUCCAUGCAGCAAUAAAACUGUUAAACUCGUUAAUGGUUAAUCCCGAGUACAACGCAACCACAGAGGAGGGCGGGAGGGAAGAACUAUUCGAGGGUGUAGCCAAAGCCCGUCUACGUCUUAUUAGAAAGGAGCAUACUUCGACUCGAGUCCACCUAAACUAAAUGGUUUUCCGCUAUCACAACAUUUGGACGGACUUCACUUAUGACAGCUGAAGCUAAGCUGUUUUAAAGCGCUGCGAGACCCUCGGUUGGAGCAACUGGUGUAAAUACCAUGGCAGACGAAAAGCACUUUGUGGAUAAACAUAGAAUCAAGCUGAUCGAGAAAGUGAGCAACAUUCCAGCCAUUUUGGAUGAGCUCCUUCGUGAAAAUGUCAUCCAACAAGAGACGUAUGAUAAAAUCAGAGCUCUGCCUACCUCUCAGGACAAGAUAAGGGAGCUCUUUAGUGGGCCUUUGGAAGCCAGUGGAGUUCAAGGAAAAGAGAUGUUCUACAAAAUCCUGAAUAAACAUGAGUCAUAUCUAAUCAAUGACCUCAAGACAACAGAAGUGCCAGUAGAACCAAUGAUGGCUAAGAAGCUGCUUUUUGAAACAUUGAAUGAUUUGAGUUCAGAGGAGCUUCACACAUUCAAGUCACUCUUUGAAUCGGAGAAAGGUUUCCCACUCUCACCAAGGAGUCUACAGGACACAGUGGAGCUGAUGGUGGAGACGUACAGCCAUGAGUGUGUGGAGUUGACCAAAAAGGUUUUAAAGACGAUGAACAGGACUGAUCUGGUGCAGAGAUUAUCAGACAUCAGCUCAGGGACCAAAGAGAAACAGCAGCCUUCACUGAUCCAGAGAGUGGAAACGAUGACGUCUGUUAUAGAGCUGCUUUUGGAAACACUGAAAGAGUUGAGACACAGAGAGCUCCAGAAGUUUAAGAAGGUCCUUGUGAAUCAAACUGACUUCCACAGAUAUUUCUCAGACACCCCAUCGAUGCAGCGGGGGUCAACAGACAGACAGGCCGUAGUGUUUUUACUGGUGGAGAUCUACGGCCAACAGUCUGUGGAGAAGACCAAGGAGGUUUUAAAGAAUAUGGAGAGGACUGAUCUGGUGCAGAAGUUGUCACACAGCAGCUCAGCACCCAAAAAAAAACACUCUGUGGAUGAAUACCUGUCUGCACUGAUCCACAAAGUGGCAACAAUGAGUGCUGUUAAAGAGCUGCUCUUGGAAACGCUCAGAGGUUUGAGUUCCGAGGAGCUAGAGAAAUUCAAGUGGUUGCUGCAGUUAACGUUCUUCCAGAGGAGAGUUCCAAAAUACUCAUCGAGACAACUGCAGUGGACUGACACGGCAGACAAACUGGUGGAUGUAAUGCUGGAGAUCUAUGGUCAACAGGCUGUGGAGAUGACCAGGGAGGUUUUAAUGGAGAUGAAGAGGACUGAUCUGGUGCAGAUGUUGUCAGAGACCAUCUCAGGAACCAAAGCUGCAGGAUCAUCAGCUGAGGAAUUGGGUGUGAGUACCACAGAGAAAGAGAAAGACUUUGUAGAUGAACACUGUCCUGCAUUGAUCCCGAAGGUGGAAACGAUGGCAUCUGUUAUAGAGCUGCUUUUGGAAACACUGAAAGAGUUGAGAGACGGAGAGCUCCAGAAGUUCAUGAUGCUCCUCGUGAGUCAAACUGACUUCCGUAGACAUUUCUCAGUCCCCCUAUGGAUGCUGCUGGAGUCAACAGACAAGCAGUCCAUAGUGUUUUCAGUGGUGCUGAUCUGUGGCCAACAGUCUGUGGAGAAGACGAAGGAGGUUUUAAUGGAGAUGAAGAGGACUGAUCUGGUGCAGAAGUUGUCAGACAGCAGCUCAGCACCCAAAAAGAAACACUCAGAUGAACACCGACCUGCACUGAUCCAGAGAGUCGCAACAAAAGCAGCUGUUAAACAGCUGCUUUUGGAAACUCUGAAUGAUUUGAAUAACGAGGAGCUCUGGGAAUUCAAGCAGUCCCUGAAGUGGAUUUCCUUCCAGAAGAACCUCCCAGACAUCUCAUGGAUGUUGAGUGACCCAGAAUACAGAGCAGAGAUAGUGGAUCUGAUGUUGGAGAUUUACGGCCAGCAGUCUGUGGAGAUGAUCAGGGAUGUGUUCAUGAAAAUGAACCGGACUGAUCUGGUGCAGAGGCUGUCAAAGCCCAGCUCAGGACUCAAAGAGAAACACUCUGUGGAUGAACAUGGACCUGCACUGUCAAAGAGAGCAGCAGCAAUGGCAGCUAUGAAACAGGUUCUUUUGGAAACACUGAAGGAUUUAAGUAACAAGCAGCUCCGGAAAUUCAAGUGGUUGCUGCAGUUCACGCUGUUCCAGAAGAGCCUUCCACUAAUCUCAUGGAGCCUACUGGAUUGGGAAGACACAGGCAAACUUGUGGAUCGGAUGUUAAAGACCUGUGGCCAGCAGUCUGUGGAGGUGACCAGGGAGGUUUUAAUGGACAUGAACAGGAGAGAUCUGUUGCGGAGGCUGUCAGAAACCAUGGAGGAGGUUGGAAGGAAGAGGUCUAUUGAAAGCCAAGUCACCGUGAUGGAGGGGCCAGGUUUGCCAUCGUCAGUCAUCAGCUCAGGACUCAAAAGGCCUUCAGAAAUCUUGAAGCUUAUGGGUGGCACUAGGGUAUACAACAUGCAGGCACAGGGAGCCACUGGAGAGGCACUGAACUGGGAUCCACUGGGGAGGGACUCUACCCCUGGCAUAGAUGAUUGUCCUCUACAUGACUGGACUAAACUUGAACCUGAAGUAAACAGUCCAGAUGCAGAUGAGGCUCCAACUUACAACCUACACUCUGAAGCAGGGAACUUUGAAUGCAGUGUCUCUGGCUUGCGCUGGGUCUGUAAGGAGAAGGUCAGCUUUAAGUACCAGUUUUGCUCUUGGGAGGGAAUUAUGGAAAGGAUGGAAAGCCUACAAUACAUGCCUGCAGGUCCCCUUAUGGACAUCACAGUCAUUGCUGGGAAGUUAGAUGAAGCGUACCUGCCGCACUGGAUCUGCAUAGAUGACAACCCUAAAAUAUUAGACAAGUUUGCAGUCCUACACAUAGGUGACUGUGGAGAUGUUGUGGAAAAAGUGUCUGAAGUCACAUCGUCCCAUGUCAAGCUGUCUGAACCCUUUUUCUCUCCAAGAGCGGCUCUGAUGAAAAUGGGCUUGCCUGUGAAAAUAGGCUGUCAAGUGUUAAUAUACUACAUAUCCAAAUCAUCAUUCCUCAGACUGCAUGUUUACCUGAUCCCACAUGAUCAUGGUCUACAACAGACAGUGGACAAAAAGAAGGAGAAACAAGGAUACAAAAGAAUCGAAAAGCCACGCCCAGACAAGUACCUGAAAAUGCAGCAGGGUUUCAAACUCGCAGCAACCAUAAACAUGGCAAAAAUUCUCCCAGAGAAAAUAACCCUCAGAUACGAUAGCCAAGAUCCAAAUUUCUAUGAAGUGAACAUUGAGAAUCCAGACACAAACUUCCAGCUUACACUCUCACCCUUUAACAACAAGAAGGGUGAACCACAGUGUGAACCAGUAUGGAUCUGUGAAAUUCAAAAAGUUGACUAUCAAAACUCUGCCGAUUCACAAGCUGCAACACCCUCAGCUGGAGCAACUGGUGUGAAUACCGGGGCCGACGGCAAACACUUUGUGGAUAAACAUAGAAUCAAGCUGAUCGAGAGAGUGAGCAACAUUGCAAUCAUUUUGGAUGAGCUCCUCUACAAGGAUGUCAUCCAACAAGAGACGUAUAAUAAAAUCAGGGUUCUGCCUACCUCUCAGGAGAAGAUGAGGGAGCUCUACUCUGGUCCCCUGAAUGCCGCUGGAGACUGCAAAGAUAUCUUCUACAAAAUCAUUGAGGAAAAGGAGCGAUAUCUAGUUGAUGAGCUCAAAAAAAAGGAGUGACUGUUAUAAUGAAAUCCAUUUUUUGACCAAACAUACCAUCUACCUGAACAAUGUUUUUAUACAAUAACAAUGGGGCAUUAAUAAUGUAAUGCUAUGUCUCUGUGGGGGCUUUCUAAAAAGUUGUGUCCACUGUAUGUUUAAUCAGAGCUCUUGCCCUUAAUUUUACUCUUAAGCUGGUAAGAAAUAAUUUUUAAUGACAUAUCUUAUGUAAAAUUUAUCAUUUGCAGAAUCAGAUUCUGCAAAUAUUUAUCAGACAAUCAUGUAAGAAAUUAAUUAAUGUUCUCACCAGACAUCAAAUGAGAGUAUGUAAUGAGUCUGUUUUAUAACAUAAUCAUUUUAUGUAAAUGAAAACAUGCUAGAUCAUAAAUAAUUAUCCAUAAGUUUUGCAUGUAAAGCCCAUUUGACCUUUCAUAUAUGCCAACAUAUGUUUUAUCUUUUUUAAUCACCUUUAUUAUGCCCAAUAGGAAUAACUUUACUUUACUAAAAUGUUUUGAACAAGAUAUUUUGAAAUUUGUGAUUGAGUGUCUUAAAACUAUGGUGACAAUAUACUGAUCUAGGCUAAUAGUGUUCAAAUGCGUGCCCAUCAUUCCCUCCAGCUUUUAAAAAACAUAGUAGAUCUUAACAUCUAUUUAGUUCUGUAAUUGUUCAGAGGGAUCCGUACUGAUAUGUUUCACAACUUUGUGCUUAAUGAGCCUAACCCUUUCUCAAAACCUUUUCUUCACACAUGCAAAUAAGAACGAAUGUUUCCUGCAAACGCCGUCCUCAAUUUCUAUGGUUGAACUGUAUUGAAAGCUGUUCCUUCUCGUUCUCUGACAUUGUGAUGAAGAACUGUGCUGCCUACGGGAUCUCUGAAAUGUUAUGAAUGUUAAUGUGAGGAGAGGCAUGAAAACACUUGUAUCUUUCCUCUUGUCUGACAGCAACUGCGGUGAGUUUGCUGUUCUCAGCAUUUUACUCAUAAAAUAUCUGUAUCUAUCUUUA